ACGCAGGAAUGAGCUUCCCCACACCAGUACAAAGCCAACUCAAGGAAACUGUUGAAAUUAUUGUCUCAUAUUUUACUAAAUGGAUUUGUGGCUUGUGCUCCCAGGGUAGUACAGAGUCUGGAGGUGAGGAGAGCUCUCCUUGUCAGAGGGAUGGAGAGGGACAGUUAUUUGGGAAGAAUACCACUAAUACCAAGGCUGUUCUAUGUCAGCAGAUGUAGCUGAGACAAACCCUGUAGAAAACUGGAAGGUUAGAAUUUGGGAAGAAUCUUUUGGUUUGGAUAUUUGUGGUGAUUUAUGGAGUCUUUGCUUCAUAGGUACCAUGGCAUCUUCAUGGAGUUGGAACCAGUAAUAUGAAAGAAAGCCCAGGAAAAACUGGGACAGGCUCCAACAGGCUCUCUGAUGGAGACCAGUUUUCCUUCCCAGCUCCCCUGUGUCUCUUUCCUCUUCCUCCAGCAUCCCAUUUCCCAUGCCAUGCCCUCCCUGCUCAGAUCUCUGGCACUCAGGGUCCCACCACACAGUGCCCUGGUGCUUUCCAGGGGCAGCAGCCUCCUCCGGGUUAGCCUGGGCCCUUGGGAAUGCUCUUCCCACCUGCUCCUGGGGGCGGGAAACCUGGACUGAGUGCAGCUCCCUCCCCAGUGAUGCUUUUCCCUUUCUCCCGUGUUGUUCCCCAGACUGCUCUCCUCACACCUUCGGGAUCCCACUCUCCCAGGUCAUUGCCAACGACCGCACCCACCGGCAGCUCCAGGAAGCCGUGGGGAAGAGUCGCCGGCUCUGCCUGGAGGUGGAGGCCACGGUGACCAGGUUUCGGGCUCAGAGGCAGAAGAAAUCUGGGAUGGGCCCAAGCUGUGUCCGAGCACCUGAUGGGGGCUUCCCAGAGGAGCCGCUUUCCCCAACUCUUCCGGACAAGAGCUUCUGGAGCCAGCGAAGGGGGGCCAUGUCCGUGGAUUCCAUCACCGACCUGAGUGACAACGCGUCCAAGCUGCUGGAGGCACUGCAGCUCUCACACCCCCACGAGCUGGACCCACGGAGAGUCCUGGGCAAGAAGAAGAUGCUGAGCCUCAACCCCAUCACCUGGCAGGUCCCACGGAUCGUGGACAGGUGCUGCACACACAUUGAGAUGCACGGUCUCCAAACAGUGGGAAUCUUCCGUGUUGGGAGCUCCAAGAAAAGAGUUCAGCAGCUGAGGGAGGAGUUUGACCAAGGGCUGGAUGUUUUUUUGGAUGAGCAUCAAAGUGUUCAUGAUGUGGCUGCUCUGCUCAAAGAGUUUCUUCGGGAUAUGCCGGAUUCCCUGAUUCCCAGAGAGCUCUAUGGAGCCUUCCUCAGCACAGCCACCAUGGAGGGGCCAGCACAGCUGGAUGCCCUCCAGCUGCUGCUCUUCCUGCUGCCCCCCUGCCACAGUGACACCCUGCACCGGCUCCUGCGCUUCCUCGGAGAGGUGGCCCGGCACGCCGAGCGCUCCUGGGAUGCCGACGGCCGGGAGGUUCCUGGGAAUAAAAUGACAGUUUCAAACCUGGCCACAGUCUUUGGUCCCAACAUCCUGCAGAAGGAGAAGCCUGGAGAGAAAGACGCCGGUGCCCUGAACUUUGAGGACAGCGCUACCAUAAUCCUGGUGCUCCAGAGGCUGAUCGAGCACCACCAGGCCCUGUUCAUGGUGUCUCCAGAGAUGCAGUGUGACAUCCUGAGGAGGCUGUUCCAGACAGAUCCCGAUGUCAUUGACUACCUGCUGCGCAGGAAGUUCCCUGCCGUGCCGCACCUGGAGCGCGAGGGUUCCGCAGAGGGCCACUCUCCCUCCGCACUGCCUGGCUGGACACGCAGCCUGGAGAGCAGCUCGGUCUCCUCGGAGCUCUACAGCAACGUCUCAUUCCUAAACCUGCACGUUGGCAUCUAGUGAGCCCUGGCCAGGCCCUCUGGACAA